AUGAAGGCGGCGACCAUCAAAGCUUUCGUGUCCGUCUUGGCCUUUGCGGCCUUUGAGGCCUUCGCGGCCUUUGAGGCCGCCGACACCCAGCCGAAUCCGGAAGCCGACGGCACGAAGGAAGCGUGCCAGUCAGGGAGCCUCAUCCAGCACAGUUCCCCUUCCCGCUCGAAGGUGCCUGAGCCUGUAGAGGCAGUGGAACCUGCGAUGAAAGAGAUGAAGAAGGCGAAGAAGGCGAAGAAGGCGAAGAAGGUGAAGAAGGAGACGCACUCAGAUCUCCUGGGCCUCCUUGCCGAAUUCAAGAAGGAGGGUCUUGGACAUUCGGAAGGUUCCGAAUGCCAGCCGAAAGGAGCCGUGCCCAGCGGCGAGAGGAAGGCGAAGUUCGAGCAGCUCUCGCAGAAGGCCUUCACCCUGGACCUGGAUCCUGUCAUCGCCCGCCUUGUCAAGAAGGACGACUACGUGCCCCGUCUCGCGAAGAGGGCCGCCGACGAGUACCGGAGGUUCCUGGUCUUGAUGGGCAUGGGGGAGGCACCCGUCCCCUCGAAAAUGGUCGUCGACGCCUGGCAAGCCCACAUCAUGUACACGAAGAUGUACGAGCGGGACUGUCAGGAGGUCUUUGGCCGGCUUCUGGAACAUGACCCCCUCCUCCUGGGUCAAGAUGCUGAAAGGCUCGAGCAGACGCAGCAGCAGAUUUGCGACUACUUCGGCGUGGUUGACCGGCUGGUGUGGUCGGCAUCAAGUCCGUCGAAGCCAGUGGCUUUGUCCGAGAGCAUGGACCCCGCUGUGACGAUGGACCAGUGGUUGGACCACAUCAACGAGCCGCCAGCGCUCCGGAAAGGUCUCCUGGCGGAGGACGUCCAUCUGAUGGUGGCUUCAGAGCACGAUUACACGGCCAUCAAACACAGGGGGCGCGAGGAGGCCUUGUCUUUCUUCCAGCAUUACAACCAUGCCACACGCUUCCGCAAGUUCUUGUCCGAGGACAAGGCCGCCUUUGCCCUCGAGAUCGCCAAGCACUUCCGCAUGGGCGUCGACGUCUUCGAGGUAGAUUCUGACGGGAAGAUCAGCGACGUGAAGAUCUUUAUGGCCACCCUGUGGCAGGACUUAGAAGACCUCAACGACACAGGCCUUGCGAACCUCACCAUGCACACUGUUGGCAACGGGUCGACUAACGAGAGAACGUUGCCUCCACAGGGGCUGGUCCAAGUCGGGGAGACGGGCAAUCUGACCAAAGCCGCCAUGGAGGCGUGGAUGCACGACCUCAACGAGGUCACGGAGGAGAAGGAAGAUCUUCUGGCGGACGACGUUCGCCUGGUGCUGAUGACGCAACUCACCGCUGCCCCUGAAAUUCAUGCAGGGAAGCCUCAGGUGGAAGCUUUCUUCCGUGAUUGGGAGCACGCCGCAGAGGCUCGGGCCUUCCUUUCAACGGACGGAGGCGCCUUCAUGGUCGAGGUCAAGCACGGUCCCCCUCAACCACGGAUGGCCGCCCAGGUUUUCGAGGUGAGCUCCGGCAAGAUCCACAACAUCAAGAUCUGGGUCGCCUCCCUGAACUUGGACGAGCAGGACUUGAACGACAAUGGCCUGACGAGCGUCUCGCUACUGGCUUCGGGCUCGGCUGAGCCCUCUGGGCCAGAGCCCACGGAGUGCCUGCGCUCCAGCAGCCGACCAUCACUGCAGCAGAUGCAGAGGUUCAACGCCUCUGCUGAGAAAGUGAAAGCGUUGGACCUGGACGCCGUCGUGUCCGUUCUCGUGGAGAAGGACAAGUACACGCCCGGCAAAGCAGCGGAGCUCACGGAGGAGUACCGCAAGUACCUGGCCUUGGCGAGCAGCGGCCACAACCCGGUGCCGUCGAAGAAGGUGGAUGAUGCNNGCAUGCCCACAUCCUGA